AUGUCAGACAAACUAGCGAAUGGUCUGAAGCAGGCCGAGAGCUCGAGCAGAAAUGGUAAUAAACAACUUGAUCGUUUGUUAUCUGUAGUAGAUCACGCACUCGUUAUUUAAGUGAUAGAGAAGUCUUAUAACCUCUCUUGUUUAAUCUUUGUUGCAGGAGAUGAUGGCGAAAACGGGGCCUGCUUAAUUUGUGGCGAUAAAGCGACGGGCAAACACUAUGGUGCGUCGAGUUGUGAUGGCUGUAAAGGUUUCUUUCGACGAAGCGUUAGGAAGAAUCACGUUUACGCUUGUCGGUUCCAGAGAGUUUGUGUGAUCAACAAAGACAAGCGAAAUCAAUGCCGCUUCUGCCGGUUGAAGAAAUGUUUCCGAGCUGGAAUGAAGAAGGAAGGUGAGACGUUUUACCAAACGUAAUCUUGUAAAGUUGUGUUUGCGCGCUCGUGUAUUGAUCGAUUGCUAUUUCGGCGAACUAGCCGUUCAGUGAUGGAUAACCCGAUAUAUGAUUAAGCCCUACAUCUCUUGAGUCUGAAUCUGUCAAGUACACGGUGGUAAUGUCAUUAGAUUCCAUCGCAAUCAUGAGAAAAUCGGUGUUGAAGAAAGUUUGUAAGGACAAGCACCGGCUUACAACCGUUAAGCUUAAAAUCUUUUGCGUGUUUGCAGUUUGUUUUGAAAAUGCAAAUCACCAGAUAUUUUGUUAAUUGAUAAAAACAUAAAUUAGUACAGUGUUAUGGACAGGAAAAGAAAAAGCGGUCGAAACGGUGCUUUUGGCUAUUGUAAGUUGAUCGGUUGUGUAAACAAAAAAUCAACAACACCAAACUCAAAUUUUUUACUAGGAUGCAUGUCCUGAGCAUCUUAUUAGCACUGUCAUACAACUUGGAAACUUACACGAAACUGGGGAAACAAACUUUGAAAAAAGCUUUAGUGAUAUGCCUGGGAUAAGAUUAUAUUCUUUGUGUGUUUUUAAAACGUCUGUUCAUCUCAGUGUCAUUGUUUGUGUAUGAAAAAUAUAUUCUCCCAAAAAUUAAGCACACAUUAAAAUCAAUUUAUCAUUUUCCAGGUUUACCCAAUAAGUAAACAAUAAUAAUUGAAGAUAUAAAAACAAAACAAAGUAAACAGACUGGAGUGAAUGAUUUUGACAAGUCCUUCAAGGAGAAAAUAGUGCAUGAGGUCCAUUUUUUAAAAUCCUUCAGUCACUAUCAAAAGAAGCCUGCGAAAACAUCCGUUUCUCCUUGCUAAAAGAAUUCAAGAUAUUUAUUGAAAGGAAACUGUAAAUAAAAUGUUGUUAUGUAAUAGUAAUGUUGCAAAAAAAAAUGUUGACAGCAACAUGAAAGUGGUGUGAUUCUCAGCCAUGCAUCAUGACAUUUUCAUAACACAUGUGAUAAAGAGCUAACAAUUUCAGCAGAAAUUGUUUAUAGUAGUCUCACUGACAUUAAAAAUAGUAUAUACUUAUUUGUCACGUCAAAACAGUGUUGUUUCAGUUUUGAGAGAAAUUGCAUUCAAGGGACAGACAGCUGGAGAAGCAAAUCUAAGUCAAACACACAGCCAUAUAAACAAGCAAAAGAUAGCAGUUAUUCAAUAAUGUGAAAUAAAUCAUAUGAUUCAACAUUUAUAUUUCCUUACUACCUUGAUUACCAUCAUCAAAGCAACAAGAAAUUAGGCAAUUUUUUUUUCUGCUGUAUGGAGAUUAUUCCACAAGUUUUCUCUUACUGAAGUAGCUGGUAAUUGAAAUUGUGAAUUUUGGCCUGCCAGUGUCAAAAUACUCACUUUGGCAAGCUAUUCUCUAGUUAAACACUGUGGAAUGUUGAAGUGCGUGAUUGAGGUAUGACAGGGGCAUGUUGAAGGAUGGGCAGAGGAUGGACCGAAACAUUGCAUCAUGAGCUGUACAUGUGCUGCAUAUAUACAUCUAAAUACCGUCAUAUAUUUUCAUAACUUAGCAGGUACUCAAUUUGAAGUGGAUACUAAAAGAUGAAUUAAUUUCCAUCAGUGAUACCCUUAUGAAUGGAUGGAUAAAUAAAAAAUUGUGGAAAGGAAUAACAACAUUUUUUGCAUAUUUUUACGUAUCUAGGUAGUUAAAAUUCACUCUGUGAAAUGUAUCGGGCACGGAUUCAUUAGAAUGAUUUCCUCUAUUUUUACAACAGAAGGCAUUUUCCUGAGUUGCUUGACCAAUUCCAUAGCUGCAGUAGUGUUAAAGUUUCAUAUAUCUACUGUACAUAAGACGAUUUCUGUUAUGAUUCUCACAAGUUCUGUUUUUGAUCAGUGUUAUGUUUAGCAUCACACUGUCAUGUUGUUUGGAUAGAAUUAUAAUGUGGUAGAACCAUUUCCAUUUUUCCAAAUGAUAGUUAUGUUUCCAAUUAGUGCUGUGCUUCUCUUACUUGUUGUGUUUCUUUGCUGGUCAUCUACAGGACUUACUUUUGUAUGUAACUUUUUUACUUGCAACUACAAAAAUCCCUGCAACCAAAUCUUUGGAGGUCACGGGCUUGUGAAAUUGUCAACAAAAUAUGAUAUUUCAAAAUUACAGUAGAACAAAUUUUUUAUUGGUUUGACACAUCCUCAGAGCAUAAAAUCAGACAGCCAAAUACGGUUGUACUUGUGUAUUUUACUCUUUGAGCUUUCUUUUAUUUGAUGAUAUAGCAUGAAACACAAGUUGAUAGCAAGUUUUUUCAUAAGCUGGAGCAUAAAGCGAUUGCCAUUAGCAAUUAGGGUAGGCAAUGUCAGUUUCUAUUUUUGUAUGUAGUUUUUCAUGAAUUUCUCUUUUGUUCAAAAGGCAAUUCAACACAGUUUUCUGGAAUUGCAUUUCACGUGAUCUCCUUCAGGUUUCAAAGAUUAGUAUCAAAACUCGUGCGGAUGAGUUGAAAAUAAGCCAAUAAUUCAGCAGCCUCGUGGAAAAAGGGUGUAGGUGAUGAUAGUUCCUUGAAGUCCAACUUGCUCCCCAUGAGCUCUAUUUUGAGACAAUUAUGUAACAAACUAAGUUUUGGCCUGUUUUGGCCAAUAAAACUUCGGUGAAUUCAAGUUCUGUAGGUUACAACUUUUUCUAGAACUCUUGAACAACUGGCACAGAUGACGGAAUAACAAUUGAUUAGCUUUGUUUUAGUGGAGAUAAUAAACCACAAAGUCAAUUAAUAGUGCUUUGCUUGAACUAAUCCAUUUUACAUACUAUAUGAUAACCAGACUUUGUGUUAAAAUACAACUUUUUAGGAACAGUUUGGAUAUUGGGUCGAAAUCAAGAAUUAAACCAAUAUUAUUUUUACAGAACCCUCAAGUUGUCGUAACAUUAAUAUCCAUGUAUAUUGUAGCAUUAAGCCCAUGCUUUGGCCAUCAUCUGGAAAUAUCAAGGUGCGGACACAUCAGGAUGUGAUCACGUAACAAAUCAUAGACACCUUUGGAGGGGUGUGUAAAUUACUGCAACGAGUCCGAGAUCAACAACUGGUCACGAGCUGGAGCCGAUUUUCUGUCCUAUUUUUACUGUCGUUCUUUCUUUGGGAAUUUUCAUGUUUUCAUUUAAUUUCUGGGUUUGUAUGGUUACAGCCAUUCUAGAACUGUACACCUAGCAGCGUGAAACUUCCUUACACAAGUACAUUGGGUCAUAAAGAUUUAGCACUACUUGAUAUUCCAACAUUUUUGUUUUAAUCGAUCACCGUCUUCAUGACGGUGUUUACCAUUGUGAGCAGACUAAUUCAGGCAGCAUGCAUGACCAGCCUGGGUUGCCUGUGCCUGAAGCCAGCCUCAUUUGAGAUUUUUGGAUGUAAAUAUGUAUGUAUAUCACCAAAUUUGCCUUGAUUCAUGUCCCUUGAAUCCAGGCCCUGUUGUUUUCAGCCAAUCCAUUCAGAAUUACACUCCAAAGGGAAAAGUAAACACUGUAUCCUCUAGAACACUCGACUGUUGAUAAAACUAAAGGCGGAGAAAUACUGUUUCGUGUAGAAAGCCACAUUUUCGCAAGCAAAGAAUAUGAAUGGAAGUGAAGGUAAAAAAUUCUUGUGAAUUGAAGGGAUAUGUUUCUCAUAAUAUUUGAAGCAAUUCCUGGAACUCUGUGGUAAAUAAAUUCAGUGUUUUGGCCAAAUUUGUAUUUAGCCAGGCUUUGUUGUAUUUAUUUAAGCUUAAUUGAUAAAUUGCUUUAGUUAUUGAGAGCUUUUCUGGAACGUUUAACAAGGUUUGUUCUCUCCUUGGUAGUGAAACGUUUUUUACAUGGAGAGGCAAAGAUUGAAAAUUAUUUGAUGCGCUCGCAAGGUGUAAUGAACCAGUUUAAUAUUGAACUUGAUUGGAAUUUCACUCAUUGACUCACUCUAUCGCUCGUGUGCUCUAAACAUUAUCCUGGACAGGUUUCAGACAAAUAAUACGCUGAUUUAUUCUCACAGACUUUUAUACAAUUGUAGCUUGACACUUUUUUUCACCUACGUGUCGCAUUGCAUUACUUGCAGGGUUAUUUGACACUGGUAGUGUCAAAUAUCAAAAGUCAAAAUAAAUAUUGCAACUGAUUCAAACUAUUUGAAAUGUCAUUCUUUACUCGCAGCGCUUCACUUUGCAUUGGAAACUACUAGUUUUUUAGAUGUAGGGGCGGAGCUAGGAAGUGUAGUUAAAGGGGGCCCAACUUGUUUGCACUGUUGAAUAAAAGAAUUAAUGUGGCUGAAUGUAAUUUGGGCAAAGUUAACCUUGAAGCAAUGCUGACCAGCAGUUUUCUCAGCAAUACUGGGGUGGCCUGAUGCCUUUAGCAAGGGCACCUCGUGGCUUGUAUUUGUAGUUGCUUGCCUGCAGUUCUUUGCAAAGUGUAUUUGCUGGAGCCUUGCCUUGGUUGCCAUUUUUGUGCAGUGUUUUUUCCCAGCUCUCCCUCCCAUUUCAGUUUCGGGUCAGUUAAGUAUUUGGUCAGUAAGUAUUCCACUGAACAGUUCAGUGUGACGGUGCCUUGUGGGCGUCGCUCGAAGGGUUGCCAUGGUUACCUCCUUCCUUGUGCUAGAGCAUUGCCUGGCUCCACCACUUUUGUAGGCACCAGCGCCCAAGCUCAUCUAUUGGUGAUGAGUUUAAUCUUCCUUCCAUGUUUUUUACGUGUUACUUUCUGUUUGGUAUACUCUUGCUGGUGGUUCUGUUGGUCGCCUGCUCUGCGUUUGAAAGAGAACAGAUCAUCAUUGUAGUUAUUAUAACCUGUGUAUGGUGCUUCUUGCAGCUGUUCAGAAUGAGAGAGACACCAUCUCAAAACGGCCACGUGGAGAGGAGACUGAAAACAAGCAUGGCUUGACGACCAGUGUAUUGUUAUCAGCUGAGAUUCUAUCACGUCCUGCAACUUCACCUCCAGGUAAAUUAUAUGGUACAAGUCAUUUAGCUUAGUUUCAGCAACGUUUUGAACAUUAUUUUUGCAAGCCCAAGGUCUACCUUGGGUGUUGACCACAACAACCUGAAUAUCCUAAGGAUCAGCUUGUGAAAAAUUUAUGAUUGAUUAUUGCAGGAAGAAAAUUAGAAUACUGCAUGAUACUUUCUGGUGACAGCAAUAUUUUAUUCUUUUUAUAAACCAAUGCAGAAAGCAUUUCUUUGGAGAAAGAGGCAAGUUACGGUGACAUUGUUGAAUCAAUGCGGCAACAACUUCUGGUAUUAGUAGAGUGGGCAAAACACAUCCCUGCUUUCUGUGAACUGUUGCUUGAUGAUCAAGUAGCUUUACUGCGAGCACAUGCCUCUGAGAACUUAUUACUGGGUGUCUCAAGACGUUCGUUAAAUUUAAAGGAUGUUUUAUUACUUGGAAAUGAUCUUGUAUUGCCACGGACAGCUGGAGAUCCUGAAAUGCGGAGAAUUGUAAAUCGUAUAUUCGAUGAACUUGUUGAACCCAUGAAAGAGUGGAAUGUCGAUGACACAGAAUAUGCUUGUUUGAAGGCAAUUGUGUUCUUUAAUCCUGGUAAGUUGUUUAAGAAUUUACGUUUAAUUACUUACAUUAAGCCCUGUAGUCAAGAGUAAAAUGAGUAAUUACGAGCUGAUUCAAGUACUUCCACAAUCUUGGCAAGAAUCCGUUACCCACAUUUGGUGAUAAGAAUACUUGACUAAGGGUAACAGACAACCUGACCCUGUUAACAGUGGUACUCAAUCCUGGAGUCAAUAUGGAGGGACAAGACAUAUUUCAACCUUAAGAGUCUGUGGACAAAAUCCUAAGGUAUUACUUAAUUGUUUUUUUUAAUUUUGUGUAAAAAAUGCUCUGAACAGGUGAACUAAAAUUUCUAAUGGCUUUGGAAGUGUUCAAACAGGUUGCCUUGAUUUUCUGUAUGGUUUUCUCAACAGGUUGACUAAACAAAAUGAAUGGCUUACUGAUCAAAGUUUUCAACAAUUGUUGUUUGGAUUCUUCACAGCUAUCAAUUUUCCCCCAUUUCUUCAUCUUAUUAUGUUUGAAAUUUUCACAGAAAUCGCCUUUCAAUCAAAACAAACUGCAACAGUUCGUGUUGCGUUCAUCCUUGCUUAGUAACCAGGCAAGUGUUUCGAAGCACAUGUUUGACCAAAACAUGGCGGGGUUGUUUACACAUUUCUUGGCAUCUUAUGUUUGUUGCAGACCUUCCUUUGGUUGUAGAGAGCUUAUUAAAUGAUAAUAUUGUGAGGCCUGUCUUUGUCAUAUUGGCAAUUUGGGACUGAAUUUCUGUACCAUUAUCAUUCAGGUUCAUAUGUUACCCGAUUGAUUCGAGCUUUUGCUGCCAUUUUUUGAUUUUUAAGCUAGAACAGAAAUAAGUUCGUAUGUUCUUUGUGAUUUUAAGUAAAAUCUCUCUAUUUGUUUGUCUAAAUCAAUACACUGAUAAGCUUGAACCGAAUUAGGUUUAAUGUCAAACAAAACUUACCGUAGCUCAUGCUUCAAACACCCAAGCAGGGAACAAAAUUCUGACGACUUCUGUUAAUGCUUCAAACGUUUUUGAUGCAAAAUUCAAUGACUUUUUCCAACACCUUGAACUGUUUUUCUAAUGCUUUUAAUGGCAGGUUAAAAAAAUUCUAACGGUUUUCCAAACACUUCUAAUUAUUUCCAAAACCGUUUUAACGCUUCUGUAAUGGGUUGAAAACGCUUUCAGUCGUCAAACUGAAAAGUGUUAGGGUAUGUUUUCCUGGAGAAGGUCACAAAUACCUUUUGUCCAGACUGCUUGGUCACGCGCGGUGACAACAGACUACGAACGACAAUUUAUGGAAAACCAACACAUAACAACAGAUUACUGGACCAGUCAUCGGACAACCCGACCUCUCACAAGGCUACAACUAUACGGGCUUUGGCAAGACAAGUGCAACUAGUUUGCGACUCACCUGACAGCCUACAAGAAGAGACUAACUACCUAAACAACGUUUUUAGUAAAAACAACUACAACACGGACUUUGUUAGGCAGAACACUCACAGUAACACUGAUUCCAAAACUCAGACCAACUUCAGCUCUGGCCAUGUUACGACAGCGACUAUACCGUACAUUGGAGGCACCUCUGAAACUAUUUCUUGCAUACUAUAAUCUUACAAUAUGCAUGUUGCACACAAGCUAAUGACCACUUCACGAAGACUACUUACUAAUGUCAAGGACAAAGACAAACUGGAGGACAGACAGGAACAGUAUACAAGAUCAAAUGCUACGACUGCCAGGUUACUUACAGUGGUGAAACCAGCAGAAACUAUAGCAAGUGACUGACUGAACACAAAUCAGCAACGAGAAAUGGUGACGUCAACAGUCACAUGGCUGAGCACCACUUACAGACGAAACAUCAAAUCGACUCUGACUCUGCGACAUAUAUUACGUAUUCUACAGACUACUCUCAAUGACUCGCUUUAGAAAGCUGGUUUACUAAGAUAGAAUGAAUGCCACUGAAUCGUAGUCAACAGUUACUGACACCGUAGACACGACUUAUUGAUGGAAUCAGACAAAACUAACUGGACAACUGACAAUUUGACCAACAAUAAAUCAUGUUUUAACUGUGACAAUAGAUGGAUCAAAUCACACUAAUGACAGUAGUCUUGUUUCUCCUUGGUUACUUUAAGAAGCAAAGAAAAAGGGAAAUGUUUUGCACAGGCUAUGGGGUAUUUUCUUACUUAUCCAAACAUUCUCUCCGUUGUAGAUGCGAAAGGUCUCACUGAUGCCCAAAAGAUCAAGGCAUUAAGAUUUGAGGUACAGACUAUGCUAGAGGAUUACAUUGCCAAGGACCAGUAUGAGAGCCGUGGCAAGUUUGGAGAACUACUUCUUAUGCUUCCAACCAUGCAAAGCAUAGCGAAAGAGAUGAUAGAUCAGGUUCAGUUUCACAGACUCUUUGGUGUGGUUAAAGUUGAUAACCUUCUUCAGGAGAUGAUUUUAGGAGGUUGGUGAUGCAUUUGGUCAAACAGAGUCUAAGGGACGUGGUCCCACUAAGAUCGUGAAUUUUCACUUGCCUAGGGUGCAUCACUGUUAUAGGGACCAGGGAUGUCAUUAAGUUUUGAAGCAGUUGUAGCAAAUAACAGCUCACAAAAAUUUUGUGUCAUCUUUAGCUUUCCACUUUGAUCACCAGUAACAUCAAGUGAGCUCAGCUGUAACAGUUCUACGGGACUAUUAAUUACCACUAAUACAGAACACAAAGUAGAGUAGAGUACGAUGUAGUUAAUCAUAAGUCCAAAGCUUUAACCGUUAAUAUUAAAAUACAAGUUCUCCUUUCUUGUCCCAUACCUUUCCUUUAGAAAUGGUGGGGGAAAUUUGUUUAAUAUCACAAGAAGUAAUCCUUGGUGAUCAUAGACUUAAUUCUCAUAAGUUCCUAAAUGAUUAAGCAUUGGUAUUACAAAGAGAAAUUUGGUAAUGAUCACAUGAGGGCUUAAAGGGUUAAACAAAUAUGUUUUUCCGAUGGUCCAGAUUAAGUAAUAAUCAUGGUGAACUUGUAUAUUUUCAGGUCAUUGUUGUGUCCUUUUAGGUUUAAUUAGUGUACUUUCUUCACUUUAGCAAUUUUUAGGCAGGUCAUCAUGUUAGUGUAAUAGACACCAUUUUUCUUUCUUGGAGUAAUAGUUUCCAUAGCCAAUAGCGUCAAGCAAAAUAAUGAGAAUCUCUUAACUUAGUAACACAUUAACUUGAAAAUGACAUACAUCUGGGUCAGCUGAAUCAGAUUUAUCUGACUCUAGCCAUCAAAGGGUAUUAGGAUCUAACAAUGUCUGUACUGUGUUGAUAGAGUAUGGAUGAGCUGUAUUCUAAAAGUCCCAGUCUAAACAUGAUUAUCCAUUCAAGCUUGACCUGCCUAGAACCAGCCUGUAAAUACAGCUGUCUUUCGCCGCUCCUCCCCACUGGGGAUGUUUCACGGAAGAGAUGUUUGUAAUGGGAUGACAAAUGCCAUACUGAUGAUAUAAAUCUAUCCAUAGCUCUGAUUGGUCAAAAAGGUCAAAUUUAAAUGCGAUGAAUCUACUGCAAAUCAGUCCAUAUGCAUUUGAGUUUUGCUGCUAUUCAUUUGCAUUUGAAUUUUGGAACCCUGUGAAUACCAGAGUAAUGGACCCUCCCACUUUUUUUUCAACUUUUGACAUGGACAAGGUAGGGAAAAUCUGUCAAAACUGCCGAAGAGAGCACCUUUAAAUUAGUAAAAUUGCAUAGUUUGACAGUGAAUUGUUGAAAACUAACUAAGAUAUAGCUCCUCAAGGUUGCGAGAUUUCAUAGAUGUUCGCAUGGUGGGGGGCACAAACUUGCUCUCCGCCAUAGCAACGUCUGUAAAUUUUUGCAACUUUACAGAGCUAUAUCUUUGCUCACAUAAGAUGUAUGACUUUCAAACUUGGUAAUUGUAGUAAUUUCCAGUGGUAUCAACAGACUUUUCCUAACUGGUCGAUGUCAAAAGUUGAAAAAACCAUAAAAGGGUCUAUUAUGUAAAAAAUGGAUUUACAUUCGUCAGUACAUCGCAUUUCUGUUGUUCUGGCGCAGAAAUCUCUCCCUUAAAAUGUCCCUGGUGGCUAGGAGUGAUGAGAGGUGGCUGUAUUUGCAGGCUAGCCUAGAACAUCCAUAAAUCUAAGCUUUCUUAACCCUUGAUUGAAAUGACAUGACAGAACACCUCAAGAUGAGGCCUUGAAAGAGAUAUCAACAACUCUGGUUUCCCAAGGAAGAAGCUGGGAAGACUGGCUGAGAUGGAGAGUGAUGGUGUUAAUGGCCCACGCUCCAGCAACAGCUAUAGUCCUGAGUGUUUAAAACAGUACUUUUAUGCAUUUUUACAGGAACCAAUAUUGCAGAGCAGCUAGAUGCAGCAAACGUGGUACAGAUGGCCUGUCCGCCUCCCACAUCCCCAGUAGGUACUCUCCCCCCUGCAAACCAUGACAUGUACAACCAAAGUAUGGUACCUCCAGUUAAUGUGCCUGGAUCUGUUGCUUCAGUGCCAAUGCCGUCAGUUGCCAUGCUUCAAGACAGAAAAUUUGUCUCGGCACCGUCAACGUCUCUCCCAGGGGGUGUCAUUCCAAAGACAGAGAGAUUUGACUCAUGA